AGCCAUUAAAGUCUGUAUAUUAUUUUCAGCUGCUUGUGUUUGUAGAGUCAAGCAAUAAGCCAUACAGUGCCCUCGAAUGCUUGCGCAAUCUUGAGCAGCCCGCGCCGGAAUGUCACUGCGCAGAUUUCGGACCAAACAAAAACAGGGACUAAAGUAUCAAGAGAACAAGUGAUGGCAACUGUGGAAAGCACUGCGGUGGAGGCAGUGGUGAAGGAGAAGCUGAGCCAGGCAAGGGAGUUCAAGGAGAAAGGUAAUGAGCACUUCAAGCAGCAGCAAAUCAAGAAGGCCAUAAAGAGUUAUCAUAGUGGACUGCUAUACAUCAAAGGCAUCAACCAGGACCUGAACCCUAACAAAGUGCUUGGCCCAGAUGAUCCACCUCCAACAAUCUCCAAGGAGACCAAGGCUGCGGUGGAGGUGGUAUCUGCUGACUUGCACAACAAUAUAGCAGCCUGUCUGCUGAAGCAGGAACCAGUGAGAUAUGAGCGGGUUGUUGAGUGCUGCCAGGAAGUGACAACACUACAGCCAGGCAAUGUGAAAGGUUGGUAUCGCCUUGGCCUGGCCUACCACAACCUGCGGGAUUUUGAUGCUGCAAAGGCUGCCCUAAAGGAGGCAAACCAGAUUGCAGAGGGUCAAGACAUGGCUGUGAGGAAGCUGAUGGUGGCAGUGGACCAGGAACUCAAGAAGGAGAAUAAAAAAUUUAAUGAUAUGUUCAAAAAUAGCCUACUGGCAAAGAAAACGUGAUACUUUCUUGGUGUAGUUGUUGCAUCGAAGCCUCUCCUUGUCUUAUGUUUGUGGUGUUGAGUACUGUUCUUCAUUCCUUUGGUUCAUGCUGAGGUUGACAUAGAUCACAAACUGAGUGAGUAGUGAAGCUGAAGCUUGCAAUUGUGACCACCAAUGUUCAGUUGUGAUCAUUGAUGUACUGUUAACAUCGUUAGUAUGAAUUGCAUUGCUUGAGUAUUAAAAAUUAACCUCUUCAUGUGUUAUGAAGAAAGGAGUUGGCAGUGGACUGGAGAAUAUUCAUAGUAAUGUCUGGAUUGUGGCUUUGUGAUUGCAGUUGCAAACAAAUGUAAAUUAAUAAAUAAUUUGUUAUAAUU